AUGGCCUCUCUCCCUGUCGCAGCCCACCGCCCCAUCGGCAAAUGGCUCCCCAACCAACGCCCAGCGAUCCAAGACUGGAUCGCAUCCAAGCUCCAGCAGACCAAAAGAAAGAACUUUGCUUCUCUCGAUCCCAACCCCAAGAUCGUAGCGUUUCAGAAACUCGUCAAUGACAACCCCUACCUCAAGACCCUUGCCAAUGACAUGUUUACCCAGUCUUCCAAGUACUAUGACCCCACUGGUGAACCAGCCCUCAAGACCUUUGGUCAGUUCAUCGAUGUCCUCAGCCUCAUCAUUCAAUCUGCCCCGCCGUUCUUUGAUAAGCAGGAUCCUCCUACUGCUAUGGGCAUGAUUGGGUUUCCUAUCAAUGCUGUUCUUGAUUGGCCUAUGGGUACUGUCGCUGGGUAUGAAUUUUGGCUUUUGCCUGAAGUGAACGCUUCGUUCAAGGGUGUUCUCGACUCCUGGGGGUCGUUCUUGGAGUCUUCUGGGUCCCAGUCUGGUCUGGAGGGUUGGUUAUCCCCAGAUGCGCUGCAUAUGCUUGCCACUGUAGCCAACACUGGUGAGGACGGUCCGACCUUUGACAAGAUCUUCAUCUGUAACCCAGCCGAAAAGUACUACGGCUACAAGUCCUGGGACGACUUCUUCACCAGAGAGUUCCGAGAUGGUAUGCGCCCCGUCGUCUGUCCAGACGACGCCCCUCCAACCCCAGAGUACCCCGACCCAACCCUCGUCAUCACCAACGCAUGCGAAUCCGCCCCCCUCCAAGUCGCAGAGCACGUCAAACUCCACGACCAAUUCUGGCUCAAAUCCCAGCCCUACUCCCUCGACAGAAUGCUCAACUCCAACCCCAACACGCACAAACUCGUCGACGGAACAGUCUACCAAGCCUUCCUCAGUGCAAAGAGCUAUCAUCGCUGGCACGCGCCCCUAAGCGGUAACGUCAUCGACAUUGAGCUCGUGCCCGGUUCGUACUACAGCGAGAAUUACUUUGAGGGAUUGGCGGGUAAUCCCGAUGAUCCUGAUCCCGCGGCGCCGAACUACUCGCAGCCUUAUAUCAGCGCUGUGGCUACGCGGGGUAUUAUCUGGAUUCAGGCUGACAAUCCCAAGAUUGGACUUAUGGCAAUUGUGUUUAUUGGUAUGGCGGAGGUGUCGGGGUGCGAGUUUAUUGUUGAGAAGGGGGAUCAUAUUACGAAGGGGCAGCAGAUUGGCAUGUUUCACUUUGGGGGGAGUUCACACUGCAUGAUUUUCCAGCCGGGUGUGAAGCUUUUGUGGAAGCGUCCGCCGCCGUAUGAUAUGGAUACGGAGGAGAACAGUCGCGUCAACAGUCUGCUUGCUGUUGUAGGUAACUAG